AUAAAAAAAUAAAAUCAUGAGAGCCUAUCUUACUGGGAAAGCUCAAAGAAUGAAAAAGAAGGAGGAGGAGACUCGUACAAGUACAACAACUACGCAGCCUCCCUUUCAAUUCUGGGUUUCUCAGCUACGUUCCCUGCUCCUCUGAUGAUCCUAAAGGCUAUUUGGUCCUCCACAAACAGGUGAAUUGAAGGACAAACAGGUGAAGGGGGUUUAGCGCUUGUUCUUCUUGUGUUUACAGACUUGAUCUGGCAUUGGUGAACACAAAGCAAGAGACUGAUGUCAAGCUAUCUGCUCAGAUUUGGGAACGCCGUCUAGUUGUUUCUGUUUUCUGCUUCUUGGGAUUUAGAUGGAUGUUUCUUCCAUUGGACGGCCAAGUACAACCUUAACUGAUCAAGAUCCUUUGUUAAUGGACCUCAACAACCCUGAUCACAUCGUUGAUAUCACUAGCAUUGACGACCACCACCACUCUUCUUCCAUCGAUCUCUCAUCAUCUGAUGGCACACAGCAUCCAUCUCCUCCUCACCAAAGAGCUACUUCUUCUAGGAGAGGAGUCGGGGACGCUCGCCGUACCAGUACCAAUACUACCAGGAGUCCGUUGAAUUCUGGCAUUUGGAUUUCUGUUGAGUUAGUUGUCACUGUCGCUCAAAUUGUUGCGGCCAUAAUAGUUAUGGUUCUCGCCAAAGAUGAACAUCCAGAAGCUCCCUUAUUUACAUGGGUUGUUGGAUAUACCUCUGGCUGUAUCGCCACUCUCCCUAUCCUCUAUUGGCGUUUUCGCACUUACAACCGAGCUACAGGGCAAGAUUCUUCUCAACGUCCUAGCUCUUCUCAUGGCAAUAUUGACCCUCCAGAGCCCACACCUUAUACAGCCGUCUCAGUUGCUCAACCAGCUGAUGAACAAAACAUCACUGCAUCACCUAGAAACAAUCAUGCUGGGGAAAGCCUAAGAACAAGACUCAAUGGCCUGGUGGACCACUUCAAGAUGGCCAUUGACUGUUUCUUUGCGGUGUGGUUUGUUGUGGGGAAUGUAUGGAUAUUUGGAGGUCACUCGUCUCCUUCUGAUUCUCCUAAAUUGUACAGGUUAUGUAUAGCCUUCCUUACUUUUAGUUGCAUUGGAUAUGCAAUGCCAUUCAUACUAUGUGCAACCAUAUGCUGUUGUCUGCCUUGCUUAAUCUCUGUUCUCGGAUUUCGAGAAAACUUCUCACAAACUAGAGGAGCCACUGCAGAGGCCAUCAACGCACUGCCUGUCUACAGGUUUAAAUCAAAAAGUAGAAAUGAUUUGGAAUUUUCAGAGGAAGGUGAAGGUGGGUUUCUUCUGUCGGGAUCCCAAAAGAAACGUCUUAUAUCAGGCGAGGAUGCUAGCUGUUGCAUCUGCUUGACUAGAUAUGGAGACGACGAAGCAGUAAGAGAGCUGCCAUGCUCACAUGUCUUCCAUGUAGACUGUGUAGACAAAUGGCUUAAAAUCAAUGCGACUUGCCCUCUCUGUAAAAGUGAGGUCGGAGAAAGCAGCAGUGCUUCCUCAUAGAGAAAAGCGGAAGCAGAAAGAGAGUUGAUCCCAGCUCUUCGGAUUUGGAUCCAUAGUCUGUGAUGUGUAUAGAUGAAGACUAUUGUAUAGUUGAGUUGCUGUUUAUUCAUUUUGUUUGUUGAUGAGAUUGUUAACUUGCAAAAUCAAUAAAAAUCCAAAUAAUGGUGUUAA